AAUGAAAAAAUGCAGAAGAAGAGCGUUAGUAUGUUAGCGCUAGAGUUCUAAUCCUAUUACCAAGCAGUCUUAUCAAAGCAGCAUAACUUUAGUGGACUAGUUAUUGUAUAUUUCAUUUCUAGAGCUGAACGCAGCUCGCUGUCUAUCUGAAACGAAGCAUUAGAAUAACUAAACAUUUCUGCUACAAAGCAUAUUUUUUUUCGAUUAUGGCGAAGAAAAUCUUUCGCUGUGGCCCAAUAAUGACACUGUUUUCAACUCAACGAAACAUCAACUACUUCCGGACUAACAAUGGGAACCCAUUUGCUCUCAAAUCGGUUUUAAAUUACUUCAAAAUCGACACCCAUAAAUUGCCCCUCAAAUGUUGCGCUCGCUUCCCUCAAACAAUCCAGUUCUCUUCCAACGAUCGUAAUGAACAGUGCCUAGUGUCGAUCUCGGUAGUUCAGUGUAGUGAGAAUGAAAGUUCCGAUUUUGCUGCUACUGCUGGCAGCCAUUCUAGCAGAAAAUGUACCGCCAUUUUCCACGAGCUUCGGCUUCCAACGCCUACUAAAGCUUUUGCCCCGUUUUCGCAGGAGUGUUUCGGUCAGCGAACAACGCCGUCGCCUGCUGCGAUUCAACGAACAACGCCCCAUCCCGGUAGAACAACGGCGCGCCAGGGAAUGACAACAACUCGCCCGAAGACAACAACUCGACCGCGAACAACGACGAAGCCGGUACAGUCGGCAAAGCUGGUUAGCGUUAGUCCCGCUGGGAAAACGACACCUCGUGGCAGUCCUGUUAAACCAGCAGUGGUUGCGUCACCGGUGGUAGCAGUAGCCGGAAAAGCUCAAACGACGCGGACAACACCGAAAUCCAACGUAAAAGCCACGACUCCGGCCCGUGCCGUGGCAGUUUCGGUUAGAACAACAUCCAGGCAACUAACGACGAUCAGAACUACACUUAGAACAACGCCCAAGAAUUCUAAACUUGUAGAUGCACGUGGCACUACUCAAAGGACAACCACCAAAACCCCAACGUACAGCCCGACAAAACUAAGAUCGGGUGUACUUAUGACUACAACUAGGCCUCCAGCUAGACCGAUAACUACAACUAUGACAAACCACCCUGCAGGUCGUACGUCAACAACGAGCAAACCGCCUACGCGUUCGACGCCUGGAUUCCAGAACUUUGUCGACAUUGUCACCCCACCAUGGUGGAGCUCAGAGAACACAAACGAGCGCUCCAGCUCCAUCAUGUUGCGAGGUUUGCCCAGGGACAUGCCAUUCUUUUCGGAACCUCCGGGUAACGAUUCGUGGAUUCCGCCGCCACAACCGGAAUGGUAUCUGGACUCCGAGGAAGCAGCGUACCAAGAUGAUGACGAUGGAGAAGGACGAAACCAGACUUUGACCGGCGUAGAUGUCCCGUCGGAUGUAAUCACCGAGUUACCGAGGGUGGCGUUGGAUAACGGAACCACUACUACUGUUGAAGGGGGCACUGAGAGUGGUCUGGCGGUUGAGACCAGUACCACUGCGAUGCAGAGAUCUACUACAAAACCACUGUUACGCAGAAGGAAGACUACACCACUGGCGAACACUGAGUCACCGCAGCGAGUGCUGAAGCGCAGGAAGGUCCUGGUGACAACUACGAUGGCGGCGUCAGUGGCUUAGGGCCGGACCAUGGCUACCUUCUGUAUGCGAACAAGGAAAAUGAUGUGAACUGUUGUGUUGAAAUCAAUUAGGUUUUGAAUAAAUAAAUUCUGUUUUGGACAACAAACACUGUCUUUCAAUAACCUGAACCACCUAAAGAAAGUUCAAAAUUUUUGGUUCUUCUAUUCGGAUUUUGAAGAGUUCACAUAGAUUAAAGACACUUUUUGAAUAUGAUUAUGCUUUUGAUAAGAUGCCAAACGCACCGGUUUUUAGCAGUAUCAUGCCAAGGGUAUCCGGGUUUGAUUCAUGGUCGUAAGCAUUUAGGAUGAUCAAGAUGGUCCAAACUGUUCUGUAAUUCAGUUCUUCAAAUCUACAGGAGUAAUUUUGUUUCGUUUAAGUAACAAACUGUGACAUUGCAUAACCUAUUGCAAUUCGUGAGUCUCUUGGAAACUCGGAUGCCACUCAGUGAUAUUAUCAGGAUAAUGCAGGUCAUCCAAACUAACUUGGAGUUUAGAACCUCACAUCUACACUCGCAACGGUAGUUAUAUCCACUAUACAGAGUACCGCUGUUUAAUCAACAAUGAUUACUGGACCUGCUUGAAGACUAAUAGAUGUUAAUAUAUACAUUCAAGGUCGUCCAAACUAUCCUGGAGUUUAGGCCUUGACAUCUACAUCUGUAACAGCAGUUACACUCGCUAUAAACUUUAACAUCACGUAUCCCACAAUUAUCAAUGAGUUCGUUGAAAUUGUACGAACCAUUCCAAAACUCCUUUGGGACAUUCCAGACCAACCAAACUAUUCCGAAGUUGAUGGAACUUCAGGUCUACACUCGUAACAAUAGUCAUAUCAAUUUUACAGAACAACGAUGCAUGGGCAACUAUGGUAACCGGUCCUACUGGAAGACUAAUAGAUAAUAUUAUAUACUUUUGGGGCAUUCGAGGUUUUCCAAACUGUUCUGGAGUUUAAUCCUUGACAUCUACAGCUGUACAGUAGUUAUUUUUCACUAUCAACUGUUGUCCAACUAUUAUCCAUGACCCCCUUGGAAUUGUACGAACCUUACCGAAAUUUAUUUGGCAUAUUUCAGAUCAACCAAACUGCUCCAAAAAGCAGAACUUCAAUUUAACCGAUUUUUCUUUUGAGGCUUCCAGAUUAAAUUGAUCUACGAGGUGUUCUGGGAGUUGAAAUGACAAGAAACUGAUGUUUACUAAGGUCAUAUGCUCAUUCUGUUUCAGCCUUCCAAUUUCGGAGAGUUCUUCGGCGCAUGGCCAACCCCGCAACCAAAUGGGUUUUACGUGGUAGAGCCCUAUGGUGCUUUUGGCGUAAGUUAUCGCUAGUUUACAAGAGCUUUCACAGAAAUUCAUCCGCAAUCCAUUUUUUCCCAGGCCUAUAACUCACCGUACAGGCCAUACCCGGCACCGAUGUCUGUCGGAAACUUCAGCUACGCCGAUAUAGACAACUCAACCGAUUCGAUGACCCCGAUACCGGCUGUUGCACCACAAAGUAACGUCAUCGAGGAGGAUUACAAGGACCCGUUAAAUUCAGAAGAACCAAACGGAAACCAAACUAGUACAAUAACGACGGAAGACUAUGACGACACGGCUUCAAGUGCUGCUCCCACGCGAAAGAAGCUCAAACGACGCAUUAGGAUCAACCCCGAUACCGGGCAGAGACAGGUGAUGAAGCGCCGGAAGGUUGCGAUAACAACUACAACGAUGAUGCCUGGUGCUUAGGCCGUUUUUGCGUGGAAGGAAGAAGAGGACUGUUACGUUUGAAUAAAUGUCGUUUUGAAAACAUAAAUUCUGUUUUGAACUAAUGAUCUAAAACAAACAAAUAAACUUCAAAAAAGUUAGUCUUGCCACUUGGUUUUAAAAAGGUUUUAAAGCAUAUUUCGAACCUUAUAAUCAUUACAACCGCAACAAAACCCUAAAUAAUACAAAGGAAACGACUAUUAAAAUCAUAACCCAAACCAACAAUGCAAAGUCCAAUUAGGUUGAAAGUGGCUUGGAAAGUCUUCAUAGCACCUGAAAGGUUAUAUUAUGGUUUUAUGGUGGUUCUAUGAACCUUUUCGAGUCUUUUUGACUCAUAAAUGUUAUCUGGAGGGAAUAAUAAAACGGAACUUGUCAAGGUGAACCCUAACCCCUUGGCCCUUGUGGGUAUUCAGAGGCAAUCAACGUCCAAAGUAGUGUACCUAAUGCUUCUGAGGCGAUCUGAAUCAGCAGUGGUUUCCCAAAUUAUUGGUUAUCCGUAUGCCAUAUGUAGUUUGGUUCUACGAAUUCGUGGAAUUACGAAAAAUCGUAUUGCGUUGAUUGUGAGGCAAUUUGGUAACAAUAUGAUGAAAUCCGUAAAUUCUUUUGCGGAUUUUGGUUUUGUUGGAUAUGCAAUCGGUUCAACGCGUUGUUCUGCGGAGCUAACUGAUCCAAACAUUCACUAAAGACCGUAUGCUUGUUUUUGUUUCAGCAAUAUGGUGUUGGAUAUUCCAGCGGUGGAGCAGUUGGGGUAAUAUGAAAUCAGUCACUCACACGUGUAACUCAGUCAAAAACCGUAUGCUUGCUUUUGUUUCAGCAGUACGCCGUUGGAUAUUCCAGCGGUUCAGCGGUUGUGGUAAUAUGAAAUUAGUCCUGCGUAUAAUACAGUCAAAACUAAAGUACGUUCAAUCUCUCAGGUAACGCCAACCACGGAUCCAAGCGGUCCGAAGCCGUUUAAGAACUACGAAACAAUGACCUAUAUGCCUUUGCCUUAUAACGUAAGUCACUCUGAUACAUAGUUUCCAAAAGUCCUAGAAUAAUCUCGAUUCACCUUUUGCCAGCCCUACAACAGGCCAUACCCGACACCUAUGCCCAGCGGAAACUCAAGCUACUUCGAAUCGGAUAACUCGACUGCUGUUUCAGUCGAUGAUUACACGGCCCAGUAUUCGGGAGAGCAAGAGAGCGACAUAGGCACAAUUACGGAAGAGUAUGUCGAGGUCGACACGUCGGCAGCAGUAGGGGAACAAUCUGCUCCUCCUAUGCGAAAGAAGCUUAAACGACGCAUUAGGAUCAACCCGGAUACCGGGCAACGACAGGUGAUGAAGCGUAGGAAGGUGGCGGUAACAACUACGACGAUGAUUCCUGGUGCUUAGGCCGGAUGACAUUACCCGUUUUUUUUUGUGUGAACAGGAAGGAGAGGACUGUUGCGUUGAAAUAGAUGUCGUUUAGAGUACAUAAAUUCUGUUUUAAAUUUAUAACCUAAUAUAAACAAAUAAACUUCAAAAAUGUUAGUCUUGCAACUUGGUUUUAUUGAGGUUUUAAAGCAUAUUUCAAACCUUAUUGUAAUCGGUACAACCGCAACAAAACCUUAAAUAAUACAAGGGAAACGACUAUUAAAAUCAUAAUCCAAACCAACAAUACAAAGUCCAAUUAGGUUGAAAGUGGCUUUGAAAGUCAUCAUAAAACCUAAAAGGUUCUGUUUUGGUUUUAUGGUGGAUCUAUGGACCUUCUCGAGUCUUUUUGACUCAAAAAUGUUGUCUGGAGGGAAUAAUAAAACGGAACUUGUCAAGAUAAACCCUUAGUAGAAUCCCUUGGCCCUUGUAGGUAUUCAGAGGCAAUCAUGGUAUACAUAAUAUGAAGCGCUCUGAAGGAGCUAUGGUUUCCCAAAUUGUUGGUUAUGCGUUGAUUGUUAGGCAAUUUGGUAACAAUAUUAUGAAAUCCGUAAAUUCUUUUGCGGAUUUUGGUUUUCUUGGAUAUGCAAUCGGUUCAACGCGUUGUUCUGCGGGGCUAACUGAUUCACUAAAGACCGAAUGCUAUCUUUUGUUUCAGCAGUACGCAGUUGGAUAUUCCAGCGGAGGAGCAGUUGGGGUAAUAUGACAUCAGUCACGCAUAACACAGUCAAAGAUCAUAUGCUUGUUCUUGUUUCAGCAGUACGCAGUUGGAUAUUCCAGCGGCUCAGCGGUUGUGGUAAUAUGAAAUUAAUCAUGCGCAUAAUACAGUCAAAACUAAAGUGCAUUCAAUCUCUCAGGUAACGCCAACCACAGAUCCAAGCGAUCUGAAGCCGUAUUGGUAUUAUGGAAUCGAGCCUUAUACGUCGUUUAUCGUAAGUUACAAAAAUACAUAGUUUCCAAAAGUCCUAGAAGAAAUACAUCUUCAAUUCACCUUUUCCCAGACCUACAACGCACCGUACAGGCCAUACACGGCGACAAUGCCCGGCGGAAACUCAAGUUACUUCGAAGAGGACAACUCGACUGCUGUUUCAGUCGAUGAUUACACGGCCCAGUAUUCGGGAGAGCAAGGGAACGACAUAGGCACAAUUACGGAAGAGUAUGUCGAGGCCGAAACGUCGGCAAGUGAGGCGUCGAUCGCUACUGUGGAAGGGGAACAAUCUGCUCCUCCUACGCGAAAGAAGCUCAAACGACGCAUCAGGAUCAACCCCGAAACCGGUCAACGGCAGGUCAUGAAGCGUCGGAAGGUUCUGAAACCGGUAGAAACCGGAGAGGCGGGAAUGCAAGAAUGAGUUUGUAAUUCGUUGUUCUUGUGCUCAGCUACCGAAGAAAAAGAUGCUUUGAAUAUACUGCUAGUAGUUCUACGUAACGUGUUUCGAUUCUGUAGGCACAAUACGUAGGUAUAACUUUAUAAAGAUUCCAUAGAGAUCGAGUUAAGACAGCGUUAUAGUCGGUUCUCAUCAGUCACUAUCUUGAAUUUUAGUCCGCCAUCUUGGAUUAGCUGGUCAAUAUUUUUGUAUAUAUUCCGAUAUUUUUUUCCAUAUAAAAUAUGCCCAUAUUAAAAAGUUUUAGAGCUUAAAACUCCUCAAAAUAGCCACGUCAAAUAAACCCAUAUUGCAUAGCUUCAGAGCUCAGAACACGUUAAAACAACCACAAUGUUAAUUUUAUGUACGCCAUUUCAGAUUUUGAACCACCAUCUUGGAUUUUUUGGUCACCACUUUUGGACCUUGAACAAUAAUCGUUAACCCUGAGCUAGAUUACUCAAAUUGGCGUCAUUUCAAAUGUCUCAUAUAAUAGGGUUUUGCUCAGUUUCACAUUUGGCCACUUCGUCCGGGCCAUUUGGUCCGGAUCACAAAAAUGGCCAUAACUCCGGAAUACCUUGUCCGAUUCGAAUUCUUGGGGAAACACCCGGAGGGACUCCUACAAGUAUUCCUUGAAGAACUUCUGGAGGAGCUCUUGAGGCAAUUUCAGGAGAAAUUCCCGCAAGAAUUUCCAGGGAGAAUUCCUGGAGGAAUUCUCGGAGGAAUUUUCGAAGGAACUCCUGGAGGAAAUGUUGGAGGAAUUCCCGGAAUAUCUUUUGAAGGAACUCCUGGAGAAAUUUCGUAAGAACACCUGGAGGAAAAUUUAGAGGAAUUUCCGGAGGAACUCCUGCAGGAACUUUCGGUCGGAGGAGUCCCUAGAGGAACUUCCUGGGAAAAUUCCUGGAGGAACUUCUAGAGGAAUUCCUAGAAGAACUCCUGGAAGGAUUCCUGGAGGAAGUUCUGGAGGAACUUCCAGAGGAACUCCUAAAGGAACUUACUGGGAGAAUUCCUGAAGAAAUUUCUCAAGGAACUAUAGGAGGAAUUUUGGAAAGAACUCCUGGCAGAAUAUUUUGAGGAAAUUCCUGGGAGAAUUCCUCGAGGAAUCCUUGGAAAAUUUCCCGAGGGAAGUCUCGGAGGAAUUCUCAUAAAAACUCAUAAACUCAUAAAAACUUCAGGGGAAACAUCAUGGAGAAAUUCCUGGAGGAACUUUCGCAGGAAUCCACGAAAUUCAUGGCCAACAGUAUUUCAGUACUAGCCCAGAAUGAUGUAUUUUGAAAAUCACGAUGAUUGAGAUGCCGCAUGACGGUAUUGAUCCAUUUUCAAAACUUAGCCCCGGAACUGGAUUCCGGAAAAUCUGUAUACCGAUUCCGUAAUGGCCAAAUGUAUCCUAAGUGACCAAUCAUUAUGAUAAAAUGCCAUAAUUUGAAGUUUGAUAUGGCAUGAUGGUGUUUGUUUAUUUUUGAAAAUCGGACCCCGGAACCACCGGAACCGAUUCCCGGGAAAUCCGAAUACCGGUUCCAAAAUGGCCAACAGUAUUUCAGACAACGCCAAAACAGCACAGAAUAAUGCAUCUUGAAAAACCACGAAGUUUGAGGCGUCGCAUGAUGGUAUUGAAUCAUAUAAAAAAAUUGACCCCGGAACCGGUUCUCCGGAACAUCCGUAAAACGGGUUCCGGGAUGGACUUCUGGACAAUUUUUUCUAUCAUUCUAGUGCACUUAGGUCUAAAAACUGAACGGCUCUCAUAUAGAAAAUUUAUGGCCAAAUCGAAUGACCUAUUUUGAUUCCGGAAUAACUCCGGAACCAGGUGGCCAUUCCAACAAUCCCUAGCAAAUCCUUAAAUUUGAAGGACAUCCGCUUAUUGUGUCAAAACUUGGUCGAAAAAUAUUGAAAAACAAAAAAGUUAUAACGAAAAGAGUAUGUUUUCGCCCUCUCGUUUUAGGGGGGGUUGUUGGUUGGUAACGGAAGGGUUAAAAAAAUAACAAUUUUUCAUAAAAAAUUCUCAAAAAAAACAUUUUUUGUAAUAUUUUUUUCGAUUUCCAGAAAGAAAAUCUAAAAAUGUUGCAAAUAUUCAGAAAUUGAACAUAUUUUUACAAAAAAAAAAAAGUUUUGAGAAUUUCUGUCAAAAAUUUUCUAUAAUUUUUUUGAAGAAAAUCGAAAUAUUUCAUCAAAUUACUUCAAUUUAUUCAAGGGUUGAACCUGGAAUUUUUGAACAAUGAUUUAUUUUGGGACAGUCAUUUUAUCAGCUAAAUUAAGAGCCUUGUAGGUAAAUAAACAUAUAAGAUCUAACAUUGUCGUACCCAAGAACAUAAAUUGGCGAGGGACAAUGUAUUUCUUGAAUGAGUGUACGUUAAAAAAAAUGUUUAUUUUUUUCUCAACCACCAAAGCAACAAAAUUGUUACUCUUAUGUUAACAUUUGAGGCUCACCUUUAAAAAACAUGAAACAUCAUGCUUUUCGGAAUUCUUUUUGAAAAUUUAUCAGUAAUUACGGCAGAGAUUUAUCCAUGAAUUCUUAUUAAGGAUUUCUUUGGAAAUUCCUAUGGAGUUGCUUCAGAAAGUCUUCCAAAAAUUCAUUUGCAAAUUCCCCAACUAACAUUUAUUGUGAAUGUAAACGUCAACAAAGCGUCCUCAAUACGGCUUGAUGCUGAGUUACUGUGUUGUACAUAUAGAUGGAAGCAUCUAUGCAAGCCCUAUACCAAUGAAUCUGGCGAACUUAAUCAGCAUGUAUAUGCUGUGCGAGAAGCUUCUAUGCCACCAAGUCAUAGCUGUUUUCUCGGCUCCUAUGUAACCACUAACUGAAUAACAUCUUGAGAAGGUGCUUUUUCAGCCUUUUCGCAGUUGUUAAAUAAUAUUUAUACGGCAUCCCCAAAUUAAACAUUUAAAUAUAAUUAGGUUAUGGAUACCGUGACACAAUACAUGUGGGACUGGAAUUAUCACUUUUAAAAUUGAAUAAUUAAAGUACUUGCCGCUAUUUGGAAUCGAACUCCCGAUCUCCGUAUCCACUGGUCCCGAUGAUGUCCUCGCUGCCACACUGCUAUAUACAAAUAACAUAGAAAAUAGCCCGUUUUGCUUUACUCCAGACAAGGCUUCAUAAUUGUGCCACAAGAAACCUUACCCAACUUCAUCUUGCUGCAAAAGCUUGUGAAACGUCAAAUGCAAUAAUGUUUACAUUGAACAAGCUGUGUGAUUGCGCCAACAGAUUCUUCUUCACAGCUUCUAGCUGAAAGAGUGUUCUUUAAACGUCUACGAAGCGCUGCUGUUUUGUGUUUUGGCAACAUUACAAAACGUACUGUAUAAAAGCAGCUGUUGUAGUGGCUGGGACUCUUACUCGAUUAGCACAUCUUCCGGAAAAUCUUCCGGCAUUGAAUUAAAGUGCAAUAAAAGUAGCUGUAAAGAAUUUGUGUAGUAGCUAUAUACCCCGCUUAAAGUUUGUUUUGACAAUAAUGUUUACAUCCGACAAGCCGUGUUGGUAAACCAACAGUUUCUUUAUUACAGAUUCUAGCCGUAAUGAAAUCGCAUAACGGCCUUUAAAGCGCUGCUGGUUUGGGGAUUUGUCAGUAUAACGAAUUGUACUGUAUAGUAGCAGCUGUUUUGUUGGUGGGGACUCUUAUUCGAUGUGUUCAAGCUUUCACAUCUUCCGGGAAAUCUCCCGGAGUUGGAAUAGAGUGGAGUAAAGGCAGCCCCAGUGAAAAGCAGUGGAUUUCUGAAAACCGAGUUUGGUAGCUGGAUGGUGCUUGUUUUGCAGUCGUGUAUUAGCUUAUGUUUUAUAUUUGACUAGCUUUCCUUUUAUUCAGCGUUGACUGCUUUUACUCGAUGGUUACACAACAGAAAGCAAAUGACUGAAGCUUAUAGCGCUGAAAAUGUUAGUUGGGUCUUGUAUGAUUAGUUCCGCAAAUUACUCCUCAUAUUCCUUUGGGAAUUGCAACAGGACUUUCUUGGGUACUCCUCCAAAGGCUUCUCGGAGAACUACUCCAAGGAUUCUUUCGGGACUUCCACCAAGAGUCCCUGGAGGAAUUCAUUAAUGAAUGUCUGAAAGAUUUUCUGAAGGAAUUCAUGGAAGAUUUUCCAAAAAUCGGAUGGAGGGUUUUUCGAAAGAUCUCCUCGAAAGAAAUCCAUGAGGAGAUCCAUGGAAGGACUUUCAAAGGAAUCCUUGAAGAAAUUUUAGAAGGAAUCUUUAGCUGACUUUAGGUAGAUAUUCUAGGUAGGUAUCUUUGAAGGAGAUUCUGAAAGAACCCAUCGGAAUUCCUAAUCUCUAUUGAAUUUUCUAAAGGAAUCCAUGGAGGGAAUCUGCAGAAAGCAUAGCAAGAUUUUCUGAAAGAAUUCUUCGAGGAAUUUCUGAAGGAAUCUAUUUUAAAAAAAUCUGAAUGAAUCUGUACAAAUUCAUUGAUAAAUUCAUGAAGCAAUCCAUGUAGGAUUUCCUUAAAUAAUCUUAUGAAAAAUUUCUGGGGGAAUCCCUAGUGGAAUUUUUAAAGCAAUCCGAAUUUCCAAAAAAAUCCUUAGAGAUUAAAAAAACCACCGGAGAGUUCUUGGAGAAAUAUUUGAAGCAAAUACCUAGAGAUCUGAAGGAAUGCUUGGAUAAAUUUCUAAAUCAAUAGUUAAAGGAAUUUUUCAAGGAAUUUUUGGACAGAAUUCUAAAAGUUUCUCUAAAAGAAUUUGUGAAGAAGUUCAUGAAGAAAUUUCUGAAGUAAUUUAUGUAAGAUUUUCUUUGAAAAGUUCUUGAUGAAAUUUCUGAAGCAGUCCCUCUGGAGGAAAUUUCCUUAAUUUUCACAGCAUUCUCUGAAAAAAAUUCACGAAUAAAUCCUUGCAAUCUUGGAAGAAUGUGUGAAGGAAUUCCAGGGGAUUUUUGAGGAAUCUUAAUCUUUAAUGAAAUUUACAAAAGAAUCUGUCGAUGAAUUUCUGAAUGAAUUUUCAGGUUAUUUUCAAAAAAUACCAAGAAGAGUUUCUGGAGGAAUUGCCGAAGGGUUUCCUAAAUAAAAUCCCCGAAUAGAUUUCUGAACGCAUGUUGCACAUCCAAGGAAGUUAAGGAAGGAGUUCCUGGAAGUCCUUCGUGUCAAAAAAAUCAUGGAAGAAUUUCUGAAGCAAUCUACACAAGAAUUUCUUCAUAAAGUCAUUGUGUUAUUUUGGAGGGGCAAUAACAAGCAAUUCGUGUAGGGCAUUCUAAAGCAAUCUACGUUGAAAAUUUCCGAGCAAAUACUUGGAAGAUUUUCUGCAAGAAUGCGUGAAGCCACUUUUUUCAGGAGAAUUUCUAGGGAAAUCCUUGUCCAAAUGUCCCAAGAAAUCCUUAGAAGAAUUUCGAAAAGAAUUUUUGCAAGUUUUUUUUUUUUUGAAUCCCUCUGAAGAAAUAUCUAGAGAAAAAAAAAUGGAGUGGAGUGGUUUGAGAACAACAUUGAGAACCCCUGGUGGAAUUCCUAGGAAAAUCUCUAAAGAAAUUUUAAAAGAAUUUCUUAGUGCAAACUCCAAAAAAAUCCUGAAGCAAUUUAUGACAAAAUUCCUGGAGGUUUCCUAGAAGAAAAUCAUCGGAGAAUUUCUGGGAAAUUCCAGGAAGAAUUCCUGAAGUAGUCUCUGAAUUAAUUUCUGCAGAAAGGAAUAAUGCAAGUAUCUGUGGAGGAAUUCCUACAGGAAUUUCAAAAAAAGUUCAUGGAGCUAUUUUUAAGUAACUCAAGGAAAAUUUCUUUAAAAGGAAUAAAGUUUAAGUGGAUUUUGUAGAGGAUUUUCACAAGUACAUAGUCCAUAAAAGAAUUUCUGGAGAACAUUCAGAGGAAUGUCUUGAUGAAUAGCUAAAAAAAGUUUCUUAAAAAGGAAUCCAUGAAGGAAUGUUUGCAAAAAUUGGAGCAAUUCAUAGAAAAAAAUUUCUGAAGUUUGGUGAAUUUUCUGAAGAAAUUGGGAAUUUAUAAUUUUCUGAAGGGGUCUUUCGGUGAAUCUCUGAAAGAAUUCGUGGUAGAUUUUACAAAAGAAUCUCCGGAACAAUUUCUGAAAGAAUACAUGGGACAAUUUCUGAACAUUCCAAAGCAUCGUUGAGUACAAUUGAGAAUAAGGAUCUCUUUUUGUUCACAAACAGUAGUUAUAAAACGAGAGUUGAUGGCACUGAAGAGCGUGUUGCGUUGCACGACCGUGCAUUUCAAACUGCUUUAGAAAAUCAAAAGACGCAUAGAAAUACCUUUUUCAAAAAUUAAUUGAUUUUCGAAUGAGGUAACCGAUAGACGUGUUCUAAAUAAGUUUUCGGUUAUUGGAGACUACACAACGUAUCGGGACGACCGUCAUGCAGCAUAGCAUUUAGUUUAAUGAACCGUCAGAUGCGUUGGACGACCGUUUGUAUGAAAGUAAGUGCAGCAACAGUUUUUUGAUUAAUACGGUAGAUCAUAGACUUUUAAAGUUCUAUAAAUAUGUAAUUGUAAUAAGACAGGCAAUUCCAAACCGAUUUCACAGGAAGUGAUAGUUGCAUAUGCCCAAUUGAAUGCCUAAAUGAACAAUUUGGAGGUUAAUCGAAAUUUGAUUACCCCAAUAAACCAUCAUUCUUUUCGUACGAUCGUCAUGUUUCAGUGUCACAUGUGUUCUUGCAACGAUAAUAUAAUGAAGUAUUUACCUAUCGCUCUUCGUCUACUGGUGUUUGUCAUAAUCAAUUCCUUGGUAAGUGCUCAAGCAUAACUAAUUUUAUAAACAUUAACACGUAGAUUUGUCGUAGAUUUUCAAGGAAAUUUCAGCAUGGCCAGUAAAAUGUAAAACCAAUGGAAUGUGAGUAAUAUGAAGAAGUUCUACCCUUUCUUAACAGACUAAUAUUGUGUAUCUUUCAAGCAGGUCAACAGAGAAAACUACACCUACGCCAAGAGUUACCAUUUCACCGGUAUUUCUGUAUAUUUCCAUACAUAUUUAAUCAUUAUUCUUACAAUUAUUCCUAAAAUUCAAGGAAGUUCAAUUCAUUGACGUUGGAAAGCGAACACUAGCUCCGGGGAUCCGUUGGAAGAGAUCAAUAAACGGAAAAAUGUCAACAGUAACGGAAGGGACCAGCAAAAGAGCAAUAUAUAGCACAGGCGACGGAAACAAAACAGGAAAUAGGAAGAAGAGAUCAGAGGCAACUACUGGAAAUAACAUUGUAAAUCAGACUUUUUAAUUCCACUAUUAAACACAAAUGAACGCUGUAAUAUUACUAACACCCAGAACCGGAAUAAAGUUAUUAUUACCACUACCGCUAAAACAACUAGACAACUGAUAAACCGAUCGAAGAGAGCCACAAAUUUCAGCGAGGUAAGUACUGGAGAUACUGAAACCACAACUUUCACGAACUUCGAAUCAACAGAUCUCACCACCACCACCAGCCUACACGAUUUCACCGCAACAAUCCAAGAAAUGGUUGGAACUUCCAGUGGCACGUCUUGUGACCCCAGCGAACAACAUCGUUUACGUGCACUACGACUACGAGGGUUACACAGGGCCACCGAUGGCCAAAACUGUUGGUGGUUUACGGCCAGGACUUUAACCAAUAAUUAAAAAUAUUCCAACUAACCUUUGCCAAUGGCUCAUCAGAUAGAAGAAAAAGACGUAUACUAUCAAUAUGUAAUAAGUCCCUAUAACACUGUAAAUAAUUACGCAAAAUUUCACGUUCUAAUUUCACUCCACCCAAAAGUUGAAAAUAUUUUUCGUUUUGCGUACGACGAAGACAACCGCAUCAAAGCAGCAGCUAGCCGAAUUGUUCUUUAUUACCGAUCAAUUUUCACUUCGCCAGAUUCAUUUGUUAAACCAGCCUUCAAUUCACACCCCACAGGAGCUCAUAUAGCCGAAGCGGUAAACGCGCGGGUAUUCAGCAUGACCAUGCUGAGGGUGACGGGUUCGAUUCCCAGUCGGUCCAGGAUCUUUUCGUAAAGGAAAUUUCCUUGACUUCCUUGGGCAUAGAGUAUCUUCGUGCCUGCCACACGAUAUACACAUGCAAAAUGGUCAUUGGCAGAGGAAGCUCUCAGUUAAUAACUGUGGAAGUGCUCAUAGAACACUAAGCUGAGAAGCAGGCUUUGUCCCAGUGAGGACGUUACGCCAAGAAGAGAGAGAGAGAGGAGCUCUGUGGCACUUCAAAGUUGGAUGUCACUGCUGCAGAAUGCAGCAGAAGCUGUUAAACUAAUCAAAUAAAUCAUUUUUUUCCCCGUCGGUAAAAUGUAAACAACAAGUUGUCUUCGCCUAGGGAAGAUGCAAGCAAAUGUGUGCGUGGAUUUUCUGCAUGCAAACCAUCGUAUUUCACAACCACAUAGAAUGAAAUCUUCGUUGCACUGUGAUGGAGUGUUAUGAUCUGGUGGGCAAAAACAUUCAUUGAAAAAUGUUGGUCGUUGCUCUAAAUCUACAUCCAUAUCAAUUUAAGAGCUUUCUGUUCAAUUGUACUUUGAACUCAUGAUGUGAUUUGGAUUGCAAAGAAUUUGACCGACUUUUCGAAUAAACACCUACGGUAGAAUCAUAUUUUUUGUCCAUUCUAUUUUACCAUAGUGUCACGUAGAAGGUGUGCCGGGAAUUGAAUUCAUGGUUGUGCCCAAAAUAGACGUAGACGAGACGAAUACUGAAUUCGAGGGAGAAUUAUUCAAACACAUUAUUUUAAAUAAGGAAUUUGAAGUUCUUUUAAAAUAUGUUUUACAGUUAAAUCAUUAAUUAGUAAUUGAUACCAAAGUGACCCGGAGACGUUAGGCGAGGCGCAAGAUUAAAUUCGUUCAUCAAUGUUUAGUGCUUAGAUAGACGAGAACUAGAUAAAUACAUUUCUAAAUAUUCUGAAAGCCUUAACACUUCAUCUACGACCUAUUGAUUCCAAAGAAGGUUCUAACAGACAUUCUUUCGGAACUUGUUUGAGUUCCUCCAUCAUCAGAAUUUACACCAAGAAUUACGACAGCAAUUCCACUCAUUUCUUUUUUUUUUCGCAGAUUCGUCCGAAAACCUAUUCAAGACAGAAUACUAGCUAAGAGUUCUCCUGGCAUUACUGAGGGCACGUCCAUAAACUACGUUGGCUCUUAGGGAGGACGGGGAGGCCUGGCCAUUUGCUUAAGAAAAUGCCUAGAAGAUGUUUCCGGUAAUUCAAUCAAAGAUUCGAUUUCAGAGUUCCUCCGAAGAUUUCUCUAGGAAUUUCUCAGUAAAUUUCUAAAAGUAUUCAUCCAGAAGUUACUAUGAAAAUUGCUGUGGAAGCACCCAGAUAAUACCAACACAAAUUUAUUUUACACUGUUUUCUAUGUAACUUUUAAAAACAUUAUGAUUUGUAGGAAUACGUAAUUAUUCUAAAAGCUUUAACAGGUUUUUGUUGACGAACAUUUGUUAAAGUUUUUUUUUUCGUUGGGAAUUCAUAUGAGUUUUUCGAACAUCUUCUCAAAAAAUUUAUGAAGGAUAGUUUUUAAAAUGUCAGGGAUUUUUUCUGAAAUAUCUGCAAUGCCACUUCAAAAUUUUCAUUAAGAAUAUUAUUUCUAGAGUUUCACUCAGGCGGAUUCAACCGCAGAUUUGUCCAAGAAACCCUGCUAAGACUUCUCCUGGAAUUUUUCAAAGAAUUUGAGUGUCCCAUUAAAAAUUCGCAUUAGUUUUUCGAACAUCUUCUCAGAAAAAUUAUGGAGAUUUUUUCUAAAAGUUAAAACACGUGUUUUUGGAAUAUUUUUAGGAUAUAACUUUGGAAGUUUCACUCAGAAUUUCACGCGGAUUCACCUGCAGAUUUUUCCGAGGAUGCCUGCUAACAUUUCACCUAUAGUUCCUACCAGGUUUUUCAAAGAAUUUCUUCGAGAACAUUCUAAGGAAUUCUCUCAAAAAGAAGAUUUUUCCUGGAAUACUCAAAAGGAAACCUUCAGAAACUAAGAGCUUUUUCGAUGAAAUGACCAGAAGAUUCCGGCAAUUCAAUCAAAAAUUUGGUUCAAGAGUUCCUUCGAGGAUUUCUCCAAAAAAAAUAGCAAUAAAUUUCAGGAUGUAAAUAUUACUUUGAAAUCUGCAGCAGAAAUUCCCAGAUGAUACAGAUUACAGAAACUUCUUCAAAAUUGUCUUUAGGCGUUUUCCCAAAGAUUACUUCAAAAAUCCUGUUAAGGCUUCUUUGAAGUGUUUCUCCGGAAACUCCACCAAGGGCCUGUCCAUAAAUUACGUAGACACUUAGGUGGGGGCGGGGGGGUCUGGCCAAAGUCUACGCUCCAUACAAAUUUUGAAAAUGUUGUAUGAACCAAAGUCUACGAGGGGGGAGUUCUGAGAUGGCCAAAAAUGAGUCUACGUAGUUUAUGGACAGCGCCCAAGAGUUUCUUCGAAAAAAUCCUGAAAACUCACGGAAUAUUUGUCCAGGGAUUCCUCUUCCAAGAAUUCAAAACUUGUUUUGGAGAUUCCUCUAACCAUUUUUUCUUCAGGAGUUCAUUCGAGGAUUUUUCCGGAAAUGUCAACAAGGAUAACUUUAAAAGAUUCCUCUAGAAAAUUUUAAUAAAUUGCUCCUCCAGAAUUUCAUUCGAGAAUUUCUCCAGAAAUUCCAUAGAUGAAUCCUACAGAAGUUCCACUGAAGAUUUCGCCAGAUAUUAUUUACAGAAGUUCUCUUAAAAUUCUUUCAAGAAUUUCACCUGAAAUUUCUCCGACGUCUUUUAGAAAUUCUUAUGACAAUAUGUACCUCCAGAAGUUCGAUGGGAUGAACUCAGGCAGAAAUCUUCAUAAUAAAGAGUCAUUAAUUAAUUAGAAAUUCGUUUAAGGAUCCUUCUAGAAAAUUAUUCAAUUCUUUCCUUCUGGUAUUCCUAAGAAGACCUCUUCAGACAUUUCCCUAAUGUUUGCUCAAAGAUUUUAUUAAGAGGUCAUCAGAUCUUUAUCUAGGAAUUCCGCAGAAAUUUCUCCAGAAAUUCUUCAAAUGAUUCUCCUGGAUGUUCCUCGAAGACUCCUCCAAAAAUAUUUCCAAAGAAAUCAUUACGAACACUUCCUAGAAUCCUUCUAGGAAUAAUAUAUUUAAUGAAUCCUCUAAUAUCCAACCCCGCCUUUAGACGGGGUAUAGUUUGAGCAUUUUUUCAAUUUUUGUUUAGUGGACAAUCAUUUUUUUUUAUAUUUUUAGCUGAUAUUUAAGACUAUUUUGUAUAUCUCAAAAAGGUUCUCUGUGUCUUUUGAAGAUUUUUUACAUUUUUUAAAAAUCAUUGAAAAAUUAAUGUUUUAGUCACUUUUUAGAAGCCAUUGUAUAUUUUGCAUUGAAUCGCUUCAAUUUACAUAUUUUAAAUUUUUCCCAAAUCACACUAUCAUAGUAAAAUAGUUUAAGGAAAUCGAAUACACUCUAAAAUUAUUUUUUUCUAAAAUUUCACGAAAAAUAAAAUUUUCUAUGAAAAAAACAUAAAAAUAAAAACAUUUCAACAAUAAUCAUAAAAUCUCAAAAUGUUUUCAUCUCAAAAAAUCCGGCUCCUAAAUAGGCUUCCAGGAAAUAUAUGUUGUGAUGUUCAAAAAUAAAAUAUAGAAAAAUCAAAAACCGAAAUUCACAAAAUCCAGAAUUAAAAAGAAUCAUCUUGGUGAUACCUACAAGAUUUUGUUCGAGAAUUUCGACAAUAUUUCCUUUAGAUAUUAUUCCAAAUUACUCCUCAAGGAAAAUCAUUCAAGGAUAAAUUUAUUUUUUGGGAAAUUUCACCAAAGCGUUUUAUUUUUCAAAGAAGAAUCCUCCAAAAAGCUUCGGAGAGCUCUUCUAAGGAUUCUUCCAGAUUUGUUUUCGAAACAAUCCUCCAGAAGUAACCAUUCAGAAAUGUCAUCCUCCUCCAGAAUUCGCAUUCGUAUUUCUCUGACAUUUUUUCCUUUAGAAAUUCACCCAAGAAUGUCUCCAGAAAUUCAUGCUAGGAUUCCUUCAGAAAUAUGCGCUGGUUCCUCCAAGGAUUCUCUUGAGGAUCCCUUCAGAAAUUCUUCCAAAGCUCCCCCGAGGGCAUGAAAUUAUAAAGGUUUUUUCCAUAAAUUUCAUCAAAUUUUCAAAACAUUCCUCUAAAACCUCCUCCGAGGAUUCCUUCAAAAUGUUGUGAGAAUUCUCCAGAAAUUCAUCCAAAAAAUAUCCAAAAUCCAAAAAAAUCCUACUCUACAAAUUUCAACGUGGAAUACUCCAGAAAUCCCUUCGAAAAGUUCUUAAGAAAUGUUUUCGUAAAUUCAAAGAGUUUUCCAGAUAUUAUCCAGAGCAGUGGCCCUACAAUUCUCCCCAGAAUUUCACCUGAAAUUUCUCUGGCGACUUUAGAAGUUCUCAUAAUGAUUCAUCCAGAAAUUCUUCC